CCUACAAGAAACGAAAACAAGGUGCAUGUAGCGGCUUUGCUACAUUUUCAACCUAUUUACAGUACACCCGGAGCGGGUGCAGCUUCUUAACAAUUAAACAGAUAAAUUACCAGUUCCAUCGAUACUGCAGAUGUGAGUCUCGAGCAGCUGUGGGCAGCAGCAGCAGACUGCAGUGAAAGCGGAAUGAUGCCUGCAGAAGAGAGCAACCAUGCCCAGCGUGUCCUGUCCUCCCUGAACCAGCAGAGGGCAGUAGGGAGGUUUUGUGAUGCAGUGUUGAAUGUGGGAGGCGGGGUGGUGUACCUGGCCCAUCGCGGCGUCCUUGCCUGUUUCAGUGAACUGUUCCAGCAGCCCAACGAGCCCAAGGAGUUCUUCCUGGAGGAGUGCCCCAGCGACGGCUUGGAGCUGCUCCUGAACUUCGUCUACACCGGGGAGCUGAAGCUGGACCCUGAAAACCUGGACAAGGUGCAGCAUGCAGCAACCAGCCUGUGUGUACCAGAGGCACUCACACUCUGUCAGCAGUUCAAGGACACUUUGGAUCCUGCGCCUUUUAAGCGCAAAAGAGGCCGACCUAGGAAGUCCACAUCAGAUACGACCCCUCAUUGUUCAGUCAAAGAGGAGAACUUGGUCACAAUCACAAAAGAUGAGCCCAGCUUUGACACUGCUCUGACCCAUUUUAGCAUGGCUGUCACUACCACCACGCGCUCUGGCCGUGUAGUGAAGGGCCCCAGGCGACUGGUGACUGAUGUAAGCCCCGACACUGAUUUAACAGUCCCUGAAAAAGCUGGCAAGAAGGCUCCACUUAUUCCCAGAGAGAGAGAAAGUGAUGAUGUUGUUGUGGAGAACCCAAACCCAGAUCAGCAGACUGGUGAAAACGAGAUAACAGACUUGCAGGUUGACAUUAAUGACAACGGUGUUAGCCAGGCAAUUGAGGAAGAAGAGGAAGAUGAUGUGGGGGAUUUUGAGGGGAUGACUGAAGAAGACACCGAUGAGGAGUAUGUGCCCGUUGAAGAGCCCAGUUCCUUGUCCCCGUCCACAUCGACGGCACGGAGGCGCAAAGCCCAGAGUACAACCAACGGAAAGGAGAAUGGCGAGGCUGUGGAAGAAGGCUCCAAGAAGGACUCGGUGCAGUGUCCCAGCUGUGACAAAUCCUUCAAGAGCAAAUACUACCUCAAAGUCCACAACAGGCGGCAUACAGGCGAGAGGCCCUUUGGUUGCCUUAAAUGUGGGAAGAGGUACUUCAGGAAGGAGAAUCUUUUGCUACAUGAGCUCAGAGACUGUGCUAAAGUACAGACGUACACCUGCGUGACAUGCUCCUCGACGUUUAAAGGAAAAGAAGAGCUACGUUUGCACGUCAUCUCCCACACAGGAAACAUGCCCCACAAGUGUUCAAUUUGUCCUGAACAGUUUAUGCACAAGAAAAACUUGACAAUUCACAUGAUGAAGGUCCAUGGUUAUCCCAAACCACACGCAUGUCCCCAGUGCCCCAAAACCUUUUUAACUCGGACGGAGCUGCGUGUGCACGAAGCAGCCAAACACCGAGGCGAGAAGCCGUUUGUGUGCGAGGAGUGUGGCCAUCGAGCGUCUAGCCGAAACGGCCUGCAGAUGCAUAUCAAAGCCAUUCACAGAAAUGAGCGCCCUUUUGUAUGUAACUUAUGUGGCCAUGCAUUCUCCCAGAAGAACAACCUAAACAUGCAUCUGCGUAUACACAGCGGUGAGAGGCCGUACCAGUGUCAUCUCUGCGGCAAAACCUUCAGGAUGCAAGCCAGUCUGGAUAAACACCACCGGACGCACACCGGCGAGCGUCCGUUUGGCUGCGACGUUUGCGAGCAGCGCUUCACGGAGAAAGGCGCCCUUGUCCGCCACAAGGCCAGCAAGCACGAGGAGGGCCGCCCCCACUCUUGCCACAUAUGUGGGAAAACCUUCAAAGCGAGGGAGCAACUUCGCGUUCACCUACGUCGCCAUAAGGGCAUGAGGAAGUUCGAGUGUAUAGACUGCGGCUACAAGUUCACUCGACAGGCACACCUGCGACGGCACAUUCAAAUCCACAAACGCACGGAGAACUACAACCCCCGGAUGAGGAAACUGAGGAACGUGAUAGUGCAGGUCGUGGACAUAAUUCCCGGUGAGAACGGAGGGACGAAGGAAGUGGAAGAGCCGCUGGUGGCCGAGGACACAUACUACGUCCCGGAGAGUACCGACGUCCAGGACUCCGACACUGAACCAGAGGCCGACUCGGGGACGGGCCUCGGUUCCAGCUGCACGGUGAGCGGGGUGACCAAGUCGAGCGGCGAGGUGAUAGAGGUGGUGGUGUCCAACCAGAACCCGGGAUACGUGGAGGCGGCCGAGGAGAGUUUCUCUGAGGAGUACGAGUCCACCAUGGUUAUGGAGGGAAUGGUUGGGAAUCUAUCCCAGAGUAAGACCUGAGGACUGAAAGACCAGCGACUGUGUGCAACCCUGCGCAGAGUUAAAGUUACUGUGAAGACCACUUCUUUAAUGAGAAGGACUUAAAGGGUAACUACCGUUUCUUUCAACCUGGACCCUAUCUUCCUACGUUUUUGUGUCUGAGUGACUGAUGGCAACAACAAUCUUUGACAUUGGUCCUGUAU